AUGGGCAGGAAUUCGAAACGGCUGGUGCGAGGGAAAUUCCAACGGAAAGAUUCCAUCGCGAGCGUACGCACAGGUGGGGCUAUUGAGCGCGUGUCACCAGAACCGCAUGCGUUUAACUUUACCGGUGACGAUUACGAAUCUCGGCAUCGGGAGAGGUCGAGCAGCUGCCGAUCCGACGCUGCUUAUCGUGACGUCACGGAGCUUAAAAGCACCUUGAAACUCGAACUGGGCAAGGCAAAACCCGCUGGGCUAGCCGUGAAGCGAGUCAAUCGGCGCGUUUCCAUCGACACGCGACCGUAUCCCACCGGCACAGAGCAACAGGUGCUAUCACGAGAGCGCCUCGGGGGCCCAAUCAAUUGGGCACGUGGCCCGCAAGUUCCGCCACGGGCUGACAGGUGCUUAGCUGCGGUGAAAACACCGCUAGUG